GGGGAGGCAGACAGGGAGGAGGCAGAUCCUCGCACACAGAGGGAGGGAUAGGACGCUGCGGCGGCGACUUUGCUCUUUAAAUUGGGCUCAAAGCCGAUUACAGCUGAUCUCCCACGUGACGUUUCCCUUUCUGGCUCCCGGCGGAGUUUGUUGGGGGAUCCUCGCGGGCUCGGCGUGUCUCUCCCCGCAGCGGGGGCAGCUCGGGCUCCGCGCGCAACUUUUUUGGCCGGGGGUAGGAAGGGAGAGGCGAGACCGCGAGUCUGACUGGCCGCUCGGGAUGCUUCGCCCGGUGCCUGAGGGUUAGCGCGGGGCGGUGGCGCCGGGAGCCCCUCGGAGAGGGAGAGCAGCAGCCCUGGAGGAGCCCCCCAGAGGGAAACAGCAGCACCAAGCCCGCGAGGACAGCACCAGCCCCGACUUUCCCACCCGCAGGCCAGGCGGGAGCAGCCGCGGCGCUGAGCCGCAUCCCGCAGGCGGGAGAGCAGCCGCGGGACCCCGCCAGCGCGUCCGGCCGGAGGGGCCCAGCGCUGGUCCCGCCUCCUCCGAGAGCAGCCCCCAGCCGGGCGGGCGGAGCGCCACGGCCAGCAGCUGGCCGUCGGUGCGGGCACAGCCCAUGAGGCACCGUCGCGGCUCGGCGGGGCUGUGAGCGCCCGGCGGCAGUUGCCUUAUGCGGGGUAGGGCGGGCGGGCAGUGAGGAGGCGGCGGAGGCCAGCCCGCUGCCCAGGCACCAUGCAGAAGAGCGUGCGCUACAACGAGGGGCACGCCCUGUACCUGGCCCUGCUGGCCCGCAAGGAGGGCACCAAGCGCGGCUACCUGAGCAAGAAGACGGCGGAGACCAGCCGCUGGCACGAGAAGUGGUUCGCGCUCUACCAGAACGUGCUCUUCUACUUCGAGAGCGAGCAGAGCGCCCGGCCCGCCGGCAUGUACAUGCUGGAGGGCUGCAACUGCGAGCGGGCGCCGGCCCCCAAGGGCGCCUCCGCCGGCAGCGCCAAGGACACCGCGCUAGACAAGCAGUACUUCUUUACUGUUGUCUUUGGCCAUGAAGGGCAGAAGCCACUGGAGCUCCGUUGUGAGGAAGAAAGUGAUGGAGAUGAAUGGGUAGAAGCUAUCCACCAAGCUAGUUACUCAGACAUUCUGAUUGAGAGAGAGGUCUUAAUGCAGAAGUACAUUCAUCUAGUUCAAAUUGUAGAGACAGAAAAGAUUGCAGCCAAUCAGCUUCGACAUCAACUUGAAGAUCAAGAUACAGAAAUUGAAAGACUAAAAUCUGAGAUUGUAGCUCUCAAUAAAACUAAGGAACGAAUGCGACCUUAUCAAGGCAACCAGGAAGAUGAGGAUCCAGAUAUUAAAAAAAUUAAAAAGGUUCAGAGCUUUAUGCGAGGCUGGCUGUGCAGAAGAAAAUGGAAGACAAUUGUCCAAGAUUAUAUUUGUUCUCCACAUGCAGAAAGCAUGAGAAAGAGAAACCAGAUAGUUUUUAACAUGGUCGAGGCUGAAUCUGAAUAUGUGCACCAUCUUUACGUUCUUGUAAACUGUUUUCUCAGGCCCUUAAGAAUGGCUGCAAGUUCAAAGAAACCACCUAUUAGUCACGAUGAUGUUAGUAGCAUUUUCCUCAACAGUGAAACUAUAAUGUUUCUUCAUGAAAUAUUUCAUCAAGGAUUAAAAGCAAGAAUAGCUAAUUGGCCUACUUUAAUUUUAGCUGACUUAUUUGAUAUUUUGCUGCCCAUGCUGAACAUUUAUCAAGAAUUUGUUCGGAAUCACCAGUACAGUCUACAAGUACUGGCAAACUGUAAGCAAAACAGAGAUUUUGACAAACUCUUGAAGCAAUAUGAAGCCAACCCAGCAUGUGAGGGGCGAAUGCUGGAAACAUUCCUUACUUACCCUAUGUUUCAGAUUCCUAGAUAUAUUAUAACUCUUCAUGAACUUCUGGCUCACACACCCCAUGAACAUGUGGAAAGAAAGAGCCUUGAAUUUGCUAAAUCUAAACUAGAAGAACUUUCAAGGGUGAUGCAUGAUGAAGUGAGUGACACAGAAAAUAUCCGGAAAAAUUUAGCCAUAGAAAGAAUGAUAGUAGAAGGUUGUGAUAUAUUACUAGAUACCAGCCAAACUUUUAUACGUCAAGGUUCUCUUAUUCAAGUCCCUUCAGUUGAGAGGGGGAAACUUAGUAAAGUUCGCCUGGGAUCAUUGUCUUUGAAAAAAGAAGGAGAAAGACAAUGCUUCUUAUUUACAAAACACUUUUUAAUUUGUACAAGAAGUUCAGGAGGAAAACUGCAUCUGCUGAAGACAGGGGGUGUUCUCUCUUUAACAGAGUGCACGCUGAUUGAGGAGCCAGAUGUGAGUGAUGAUGAUACAAAAGGUUCUGGGCAAGUGUUUGGUCACCUUGAUUUCAAGAUUGUGGUUGAACCUACUGAUGCUCCUCCUUAUACUGUGGUACUGUUAGCUCCUUCGCGACAGGAAAAGGCUGCGUGGACAAGUGAUAUAAGUCAGUGUGUUGACAAUAUAAGAUGCAAUGGUUUAAUGACCAUAGUGUUUGAAGAAAACUCUAAAGUCACUGUGCCACAUAUGAUCAAAUCUGAUGCUCGUCUUCAUAGAGAUGACACUGAUAUCUGCUUCAGCAAAACAUUAAAUUCCUGCAAAGUGCCCCAAAUUCGUUAUGCAAGUGUGGAACGCCUCUUGGAGAGAUUAACAGACUUGCGCUUUCUUAGUAUUGAUUUUCUUAAUACUUUCCUGCAUACUUACCGUAUAUUUACUACUGCAACCGUUGUACUGGAGAAACUCUCAGAUAUAUACAAAAGGCCUUUCACCUCCAUUCCAGUCAGGUCUUUGGAAUUGUUUUUUGCUACCAGUCAAAACAACAGAGGAGAACACCUGGCUGAUGGGAAGUCACCACAUCUUUGUCGCAAAUUCUCAUCUCCUCCUCCACUGUCACUCUCUAGAACUUCCUCACCUGUCAAAACCAGAAAACUCUCAUUGACUAAUUCACCACUGAACUCAAGAAUAGGGGCUUUAGAUCUCUCUACUUCCUCUGUUGCCAGCAGUCCUACCUCAAUUUACAGCCCAGCCACAUCCCCACCACCCACUGCUAGCAAAGUACCACUGGACCUCAGCAAGGGCCCCUCCUCCCCCGAGCAAAGUCCUGGAUCCAUAGAAGAGAAUUUAGAGAAUCCUCGCAUUGAUCUGUGUAACAAGCUAAGAAGAAGCAUUAGAAGAGCAGCAGUUCUAGAAUCUGUGUCAGUGGACAGGACAAUUCCUGAAAGCACCUCGACUGUCGAGACACCUGAUCUUUCCCCAUGUCGAUCCCCCUCAACUCCACGACAUCUCCGCUACCGUCAGCCAGGAGUACAGACUGCUGACAACAGCCACUGUUCUGUUUCUCCUGCUUCUGCAUUUGCUAUUGCUACAGCUGCAGCAGGGCAUGGGAGUCCACCAGGAUUUAACAACUCUGAACGAAUGUGUGACAAAGAGUUCAUAAUACGCAGAGCAGCCACUAAUCGUGUCCUGAAUGUCCUGCGUCACUGGGUCUCCAAACAUUCUCAGGAUUUUGAACUAAACAAUGAGAUGAAAAUGAAUGUUCUAAAUUUGCUGGAAGAAGUUUUGAGAGAUCCAGACCUUCUACCACAAGAAAGAAAAGCCACAGCAAACAUACUGAGGGCUCUUUCUCAGGAUGAUCAAGAUGAUACCCACUUAAAAAUAGAGGAUAUAAUUCAAAUGUCAGAAUGUCCAAAACCAGAGUGCUUUGAAACUUUGUCAGCCAUGGAGCUUGCAGAGCAAAUAACUCUCUUAGAUCACAUUGUGUUCAGAAGCAUACCCUAUGAAGAAUUUCUUGGGCAAGGCUGGAUGAAAUUGGAUAAAAAUGAAAGAACUCCGUACAUUAUGAAAACCAGCCAACAUUUUAAUGAUAUGAGUAACCUUGUUGCCUCGCAAAUUAUGAACUAUGCUGAUGUCGGUUCUCGUGCUAACUCAAUUGAGAAGUGGGUAGCAGUGGCGGACAUUUGUCGAUGUUUGCACAACUACAAUGGUGUGUUAGAAAUUACAUCAGCCUUCAACAGAAGUGCAAUCUACAGACUGAAGAAAACCUGGGCUAAAGUUUCUAAACAGACAAAAGCUCUCAUGGACAAACUUCAGAAGACUGUGUCAUCUGAGGGAAGAUUUAAAAACCUUAGAGAAACACUCAAAAAUUGUAAUCCCCCUGCAGUUCCCUAUCUUGGAAUGUACUUGACAGAUCUAGCAUUUAUUGAAGAAGGAACACCAAACUUCACUGAGGAAGGCCUUGUCAAUUUUUCCAAAAUGAGAAUGAUAUCUCAUAUUAUCAGGGAGAUACGCCAGUUCCAGCAGACCUCCUAUCGUAUAGAACAUCAACAAAAGGUUACUCAUUACUUACUCGACAAGACCCUCAUCAUAGAUGAGGAUACUCUGUAUGAGUUAUCCCUAAAGAUUGAACCAAGACUCCCUGCCUGAAGAAUGAGCUUCGUCCCAGAGUUGACAGAGUUUUAGUGUAAUCAACACAAUUAUGCAUGCCAUGCCCUACAGACCACAAGGGGACAGAUUGAGAAGAUUGCAAACUCUCUUUUCCAAUAAGGGAGACAGAGCCUCACAGAAAUUCCCUCUCAGACAAGGAAAAUCAGCUCCUGGAGGGGAAAAACAAAAUGCUUCAGACUUGAGAGUUAAAUGAUUGUUACUCUGCAAAGAUAAUGUUUUGCCAAAAGGACUACGCAUCUAAUAGAAAACAGAAGCCUUUCAUGAGAAUAGCUACUCAUUGCAGCCAUCCUAAUGGGGCAGACAAGGGGACAAAUUUAAAUGUAGGUACAGUAUUCUGUUAGAUUAGGAGAAAUGGACAAAUGCAGAUGGCAUUGAUCUGGCACAGGUUGCUUAUCAAAUGUGUAUCUAUUGAGGCAUUCAUCGGAUUAAUUCACUCUCAUUAUACUGUAUUCAUUGCAAACAAUAGGAGCUUAAGAGUCAUUUACUAACCUGCAGUGAUAGCAGGAUAAUAUCUAAGAACUUUAGCUACAGCAUAUGCUGUUCAAAGUAUUUGGUAUAAAUUAGAUGUUUUCAUUUAUAGAAUAUUAAGGUCUUAAAAUAUGUUAUCAGCCUUUUCUAAGGUGGGAGGUUUUACAUGCUACAAAUGAACUAACUUAACUUUGUAAAUAUUGUUUUCACCAAUACAUGAUGAGGAGUUUUACAAUGUGGAAAAUAAUGAACUGUGUUAAUAGUUGCAGGCCAUGGGAGCAUCAGCUGGAAUAUCUGAGUUUAGGAGCUAUAUUUGGAAUUGGUUGGCCCAGAUUCAUGAACAUAUCAUGAGUGAGAUACUUGGUCAUUUAGCACAUCGUCUCCUGAGAAAGGCACUCUGAUUGUCUGUACCUACAGCAUCCCUGACAGUUCAGUGACUAUAAAGCACCUGCUGCACACACUGGGGGAGGAAUGCUUGCCUGGUUUGGCAAUGGAUAAUGCUCAUCAAUGAAGAGAGCAGGAUUAACUAUUUUAUUUUACCUUAAAUGAAUUGUUUAAAAAGCAUUAUUUUUUUGCUCAGCUGAUCAAUUCUAAAAUCUUUUUUCUACAGUGAAGUUUGACUGUCAGGAAACAGGAAAUAUAAUUUUAUUUGGGGAAGUUAGCAUCUGCAUAUGAGUGUCUGCUAGAGAAAAUAUGCUAUUUGUAACUGUUUUUAAAACCCAUGCUACUGUGUGAUUCUGGGUAGAAUCCAUUUCUGCAAAUGUAUGGUUCUUCAUACAGUUUCCUGAUAGUGACCUAUUGUAGCUGCAUGGAAGAUGAGCUCAAAAUGCAUGCUAUACAGUAUAUCAUAAAACCAAAUGCAGGUAUUAGCACUGUUGAAUAACUAGUCCGGGGAAGUGUUCUUACUUUUCCAGUGAUUAUCAGCCAGUUGAAGAAAUAGGGCUAUAUCAUUUGUUUACCUCCCGUAAAUCUUCUCAGGGAGAUAGAUGUUUAAAAAAGAUUGUGACCUGAGCCUAUUUGAUCUGACAUUUCUUACCACACUUGUGAAGUUUCUGAAUGUUAACAAUGAAAAUGGAUCUGCCUGGCUUAUGGUUUUUGUCUUUAUUUGCACUUUAAUUACAUUAUUAGCCCAGCCAAGAGCUUCACAAUAAAUUCCAUUUGUUCUAAGUGUAAACACUAGCAUUUAUAAAUGUACCUUAGUAGGCCAUCUUUGUAAAUAACUGCAUGAGUAAAUAUCAAAGAAAUACUGGUAAAUUCCUCAUUAAAGAAAAGAAACAGGGAAACUUCCAGAAGUAUUUUUAAAUAGUUCUGAUUAAUGAAUGCUGUAAAAGUGAACAUGGAAAGUGUUAAUUAUAGGUGCUUUUUAUUUUUUCAAAAAGUUGCUUGUUCUUUUCAGUAGUGACUGAUAAGAAGCUGAUUGUAUCCUGACGCAUGAUAAAUAAGAAGCAUGGAUUAUUUGGACCAUAAAGCUAACUUACUAUGUGCUUUCUGUGUAUUCAUAAUACAAAAAGAAUUGCCAUAAGUCAAUUGCAUAAAACGCCUAAAGGUCACACAGUGGAAAAUAGAAGCAGUAAAACUAGUCUUAAAAGCAAGACCCUAGCUGACCUUUAUUUUAUCUCUGUUCACACAAAACAUGUAAACAACUGUAAGUGUCCUAACAGACCUUUGUGGCACAACCUGUUGGCCGCUACUUCAUCUUCCUGUAUACCAUUUUGCCAUAGCUGCUUUGUAGAUCUGGGGAUAUCUCAUCAGUCAUGCUCUUAAGGUGCAGGCAAGGGUUCUUCUAGGUGUCCACCUCAUUAUCCUAAUUUUAUCACUUUUUUUUACACACACUAUGUACAUCUAGACUAAGUUUGUCGCUAUGUUGCUACAAAUAUUGUCAUAAAUUAUAUACCACCAAUAUAUAGCACUUUACAGUUUCAAAAUUUUCAACAACUAAUUAAUCCUCACAAAACCAGUUGGAGGACAGGAGAUAAGUGGUUGUCUCCCCAUUUUACAGAUGGAGAAACUAAGAUACAGUGGUUAAGGAUGCUGAGCACCCACAACGUCUCUGGAAAUCAAUAGGUGGUGUGGUCGCUCAGCACCUCUGAAACGUCAGAUCCGAAGUGAUUUAUCCACAGUUAGUAGUAGAGCUGGGAUUAGACUCUCUGAAGUACUUGGAUCCUAGUCCUGUCUUCCCACACCAGAAAAUGAUGCCGACAUAUAUAAAGCACUGCAAUAACUUGCCUAGGGAGGUUGUGGAAUCUCCAUCAUUGGAGAUUUUUAAGACCAGGUUAGACAAACACCUGUCAGGGAU